UGGACAAAAGAAAUUGGAAGAAUUAAACGAAUUAUUAAAUUUCGAUCUGGACAGAAGAACGAGCAAUCGGAAGCAAUAAGCUGCAGCAAUCGAAGCUUUUUUUCUUUCAAAAAAUCGAAAUUAGGGCUUUUCGUUUCUUGAAAUUAGUCUUUUUUUGAUCCCUCGAUAUCUUGUUUCCGUCGCCGUCCAUGGCAGAUGGGUACUGGAACCAGCAGAGACAUCAUCAGCCUCCGAUGUCGUCGAUCCCCCACGGUGGUCCUCCGAAACGUCCCCGCUCUGACUUCGACAAUGAUAUGCACGGUUACUUGUCACGGGAAGAGGAUCGAGGUAUCCCUCAUUCAGUAAAAGAUACCAGAACUAUUGGGUCAGCUUAUGACCGGUAUCUGCAGAGUGUGCAAACGCCUUCUGUGCCAUCUGAAGAAGCUGGUAGGUUUAAUGGUGAUGGCAUGGGAAGACCAGGAGGUAACAGCGUGAUGCCUAGUCCGUCCAUGAAUGAGCUCAUGAAUGGGCGUGGUGGAAUUCUGCCUCCGGAUUUUGGGCCAAAUGGUCGGGCUUUGGGUUUUGGUCAACAAGAUUUAGCUGGUAGGCCUAGCCGGGAACUGCUUCGUCUACCUCCGGAUGCAUCCAACACUUUAUUUGUUGAAGGACUUCCUUCUAAUUGCUCAAGGAGGGAAGUAGCUCAUAUAUUUCGGCCUUUCUUGGGUUAUAGAGAAGUGAGGCUUGUGACCAAAGAUUCAAAGCAAAGGAAUGGAGACCCUAUUGUUCUUUGUUUUGUUGAUUUUGACAAUUCUGCAUGUGCAGCAACUGCUCGUACCGCCCUGCAAGGCUAUAGAAUGGAUGAAGACGACCCUGAUUCCAAGAUUUUGCAAAUCCAAUUUUCCAGAAACCCAGGUCCAAGACCAGGACAACGCGGAGGAAGGAGGUGAUGAGUCAGUGACAUUUGGGCACAUCAACCAAAUGGUAACUUAUUGUUUCUCUAGAACUCAAACAUACUUGACCAUAUAUUCAAAUCCUUAGGAGUACUCUCACUCAAAGAAAUAGAGAUGUAUGGAUAGGCACAAGAGUCUAGGAGAUGAGGUGAUUGGAAUCCAAAGUCUCUCUCACUCUCUCCCUCUCUUCCCUUCUUUUUUCCCCAUCUUCUUGAUAUAUUUAGAGCAUGAUCUUAUUAAUGCUAUCUAUCAUAGUUCGAAUAUUUGUUACAAUCGUUUCCGUUGUAUACAUGGAUUUCAAUAGUGUCCUCAGGGAUUAGUCGUUGUAUUUGUUCAUUAUAGAAUUGGGGACAGAAUCCAAAACAGUGGCUCAUAUUGUAUCUUCUUUUUAACUACCAACGAUUAAGUUUUUUCUUUCCUUA